AUGUCGCAGCAGGAAGAGAUCUCCCAGUCGAAGCACCAGCGGGAUGAAUUUGUCGAGUCGAUCGACGCCGAAGAGUCUGGAAAGCCUACUCGGGCUGUGCACGUCGACGAUGGCCGUAAGCAGAAUAAGGCAUUGCAGUUGAUCGAGGAGGUAGGGUACUCGACAACCCUGACUCCGGAGAACAACAAACGAGUGCUGCGCCUGAUUGAUCUGCGUCUGCUUCCCAUCCUAUUGUCCAUUUAUUUCCUUCAACAGCUCGACAAGUCAACUCUCUCGUAUGCGUCCGUAUUUGGACUCGUCGAGAAGGCUCAUCUCCAUGGGAAAAUGUACUCCUGGCUAGGCUCGGUUGUCUACCUGGCCCAGCUGAUCUGUCAGCCCCUGGUCGCCUAUCUCUUGGUCAAGGUUCCCCUCGGCAAAUUUAUGGCUGCGUCGGUGCUGCUGUGGGGCAUUGCUUUGUCCUGCAUGACGGCCGCCAACUCCUUUGCCGGACUGCUAGUUUGCCGAAUGUUCCUCGGGAUGUUUGAGGCUGGUAUCGCCCCGGCAUUCAUUGCAGUCACUCAGAUGUGGUACCGACGACGUGAACAGCCCGUUAGAUUGGGUUCUUGGUACGCCAUGAACGGUGUAGUCAACAUGUUUGGCAGUUUGAUCACCUACGGCUUGGGCCACAUCGAUUCCUCGGUCUUUGAACCUUACCAGAUCAUCUUCCUCUUUUUCGGUCUGAUCACAGUUGGUGUUUCUGCGGCUGUACUCAUCUUCAUGCCCGACUCCCCCAUGACAGCCAAAUUUCUCAACGAGGAAGAUAAGCUCGUGUCCAUUGAGAGACUUCGCAUGAACCAGCAAGGUAUGGAGAGCCACGAGUGGAAAUGGGAGCAUGUCAAAGAGGCCUGUCUGGAUCUGAAGUCCUGGUUGUGGUUUUGCUUGAUGCUCACUAUCUCAAUUCCGAGUGGUGGAAUCACUACUUUCGGUCCCCUGAUAGUCAAGUCAUUUGGCUUUUCCGCUCUCAAUACAAUCCUGUUGAAUAUUCCUUUCGGUGCAGUUCAGUUGGUUGCCACCAUGGGCGGCGCCUGGUUGGCCACCUACUGGAAGAUGAAGGGGCCCGUGCUGGCUCUUCUAUGCCUUCCGCCCAUUGCAGGCUGCGUGAUGCUUUUGCGUAUUGCCCAUGAUGCCUCUCACAAGGGACCUCUUCUUGCGGGAUAUUAUCUUAUCUCUGUCUAUCCAGGAAUCACUCCGUUGAUCUACUCUUGGUCUGCGGCCAACACGGCCGGUGAGACGAAGAAGAAGGUAACCACCGGUAUCCUGAUUGUCGGACAGUGUGUUGGUAAUGUUAUCGGCCCUACUCUCUACACCACCGAGGAAGCCCCCCUUUAUCACCGGGGACUUUUCUCCAACCUCGCUCUAUUCUGCGUGUUGUUUUUCCUGAUCCUAUCCAACAUAGCAUACCUGACCAUCCUCAACAAGAAGCACGAGCGACAACGUGUUGCUGCCGGAAAGGAGGCCAAGAUGGUCGACUACUCAAUGGACGCAGUCGAGGCCGCUCCGACCGACAAGGAGGGCGUACCUGUCCAGCAAGUCGCCAACGACAAUGCCUUCAAGGACCUGACAGAUAUGAAGAACGAGGACUUUGUAUACGUAUACUAG